UUUUUUGGUAUCGCUCUUCUAGACUUCAUCUGCUUCCUCGACAAAUCAACAUACUUUCGAUUCUCUUCUAUAUCUCCCUCUUCCUUCUACUUCCGCCGCCCGUCGAUCUCUGAAACAAGUUUCCGGCGAUUUCUUGGCGUCUUUCCAAGUGAUAGUGCAAAGCCAAUUCAAAGUUGUUUUAAAAAGAAAUUCUCUCUCGUGAAGCCUUUCCUCAGAAGCUAUGGUUGAUUUAGAUGACUUGCUUUUAGAAGCUGCGGGGAGAACGAAUGCACCAGCAAGAAGCCGACAUUCUCAUCCUCCGUCGUCUAGGAGACGUGAAGGUUCUUACUCUGACGGUGGUAGCGAUUCAAGGGACGAUUCCGAUGAAGACCGUGGCUACCCCGCGAGCAGGAAACCAUCAGGCUCUCAAGUGCCUUUGAAGAAGAGGUUAGAGGCAGAGAGAGAAGACCGAGCUGCUCGUGAUGAAGCCGGUUAUAACGACGGCGCAUCUGAUCGUGAAGGCGGCGACAGCAGCGAGGAAUCCGAUUUCGGUGAUGACCUUUACAAGAACGAGGAAGACAGGCAGAAGCUCGCCGGGAUGACUGAGUUUCAGAGAGAGAUGAUUCUCGCUGAGCGUGCUGAUAAGAAAGGAGAUAAGAGCUUCACGGAGAAGCUUAGAUCGAAGAGGGAAAACGAGAAGACGACCCCUGUUUCGAAGAAGGAGACUACUACUCAGCCUCUUGCGUCGGCUUCUCGUGGUGUGCGGUCGUCUGCAAGAUCAGCAGACCGAGCGGCUGCAACUGCGAAGGAUGAUAUACUGAACGGACUGAGGGCGAAGCGUAUGAAGCAGCAAGACCCUGCCACUCUCAGGAAACUCAGAGAUGCACCUAAAGGCGGUUCAGGUAGCAGAGAUUUCUCGUCGACGAAGAGGAAACCGUUGGCUUCAAGCUCAAGCCAAAGUGACAGUGACAGUAGGUCUCAGAGCGACGAUGAAGGCUCCAAUGGAGGAAUGCUAGAUAGUGAUGACGACAGGUCAGAUGUUCCCACCUUUGAGGAUGUUAAGGAGAUCACGAUCAGGCGGUCUAAGCUUGCGAAAUGGCUAAUGGAGCCGUUCUUCGAAGAGCUUAUCGUUGGCUGCUUUGUGAGGGUUGGGAUCGGGAGGUCGAAGAGCGGUCCUAUUUACAGGCUCUGCUUUGUGAAGAACGUAGAUGCAACGGAACCAGAUAAAGCUUACAAGCUAGAGAACAAGACUACGCAUAAGUACCUUAACGUUGUUUGGGGAAACGAAACCUCUGCUGCUCGAUGGCAGAUGGCUAUGAUCUCAGAUGGUCAUCCUGUGGAGGAAGAGUAUAGGCAAUGGGUGAGAGAGGUUGAGAGAACAAAUGGUCGUAUGCCUACGAAGCAAGAUGUGUCGGAGAAGAAAGAAGCGAUCAAGAGGAUAAACAGUUUCGUCUACUCUGCGGAAACGGUGAAACAGAUGUUGCAGGAGAAGAAAUCGGCUUCUGUCAGGCCGAUGAAUGUUGCGGCGGAGAAAGACCGGCUUAGAAGAGAGCUGGAGAAUGCACAGAGCAAGAACGAUGAAGCGGGUGUAGAGAGGAUCAAAGCGAAGAUUAAACAUCUCGAGGCGUCACAGAAGAAGAAAGGUGUAGAUAAGAAAGCGCUGAGACUCGCCGAGAUGAACAAGAAGAACAGAGCCGAGAAUUUCAAGAACGCGUCAGAGGUGAAAUCUAUUACGGCGAGUCUCAAGGCGGGUGAAGCUGGAUAUGAUCCGUUUUCGAGGAGAUGGACACGAUCAUCGAACUACUACAACGGGAAAAGGAGCGCAGGAGAUGAUGAAGCGGCGGUUGCAGCAGCGAUUGAGGCCAGUGGAGCAGAUGCUGCAGCGGCUGUCGAAGCGACGGAAGCAGCUUUAGAAGCGGCUGCAGAGGCAGGGAAGCUAAUAGACACAAGAGCUCCAAUAGGACAAGGCGCUGAACACAAUCUGCUUCACAACUUUGAGUUGCCGUUGUCGCUAACGGCGUUGCAGAAGUAUGGAGGACCUCAAGGAGUACAGAAAGCGUUCAUGGCGAGGAAACAGGUGACAGAAGCUACAGUGGGAUGCAGAGUUGCUGAGAACGAUGGCAAGAGACAUGGCCUUACGUUGACUGUUAGUGAUUACAAGAGAAGGAGAGGUCUUCUUUGAUUGUGUGGAUUAGUUAUCAAAGUCUUCAGUGUUUUCAUCAUCUUCUGAAAACUACUUAUUGAUUCUUCUUUUCUUCAUGUUUUUGUUUGUACUCAAAAUGUUUAGAGCAAGUUUGAUUUUUCCUAAAAUAUUUUUGUACUCGUUUUUACAAUGUAAACUUUCCUGAUCAGUGUAUGACUGCAUGAGAUUAGAAAUGUCUUAUGCCAGUCUUGAAUUUGAUGAAUUUACUGUUUUUUUCUUUAAUUGAAACACUUUUU